AUGCUAACACUCUUCAAGCCUUGGAACCAUCCCUUGGAGCUAAAACAACAAGGCCAGACAUGGCAGCAAGCAUUCAACCAGCAUGUGUUCACAGAAAGGCAACAGACGGUGAUGGGUUACUUUCAUGUGCGCUACGAAUGUAACGAUGCUCGUGAUGAUUGCAGAGCGCAAAGGGUUGGAGCGGCAAAGGACAUGGGCAUGCAUUGGGUCGGCGGUCAGUUUAUACACGAACUCGACAAAGAGUCUUGGGCAACAGACAAGAUGGACAUGAUAGCCGACGAUGUAGCUGGUAUAGAUAACGCCUUCCAAGACGUCAAUAUAGGAAGUGGUGCUGCGGCAGGUGCUGUUGCUGUAGCUGGCAUGAAACAUGCACUGGAGUCGGUAGGAUGGAUGGAUUCAAUGGUACAUGAUGAGCAGAAAGAGACCUCUACGGAUGAUGCGGUGCCACAGUCAAACGAAGGAGACAAUGAUAGCCGGGACAUAGAAGGCCUGUCAGAUGACACAGGGCAAGAGACUACCAUCGACCUUCCUGUCGACGCACGGACAACGAGUGGCUGGAGGGAGCUUCUAGCGAACAGUAAACGAUCAGCCAUUGCUGCAAAGUUCGCAGGUGCACCAGCAGUUGAAGACGACGGAGAUAAAGUACUGUCUAAUCAGCGUUUUUGGGAAGAUGAGGUUCGUAAAGUGGACAAGACUUUCCUGUCCAAGUCAUUCAAGGCAGAUGUAGAGAAGGAAGACGCAGGUGCAGUCAUUGACAAGAUCGUUAGCGACUUCCAUCUAAACGAGGAGCAAGAGAGGGCAUUCAGGAUUAUAGCGAAUCAUUCUCUCGUCAAUACCCUAGCGGACCCCCUGAGAAUGUAUAUAGGCGGAAUGGCUGGAACUGGUAAAUCCCAAGUUAUCAAAGCCGUCAUCAAGUUCUUUGAAGAGAGGGGCAAAUCAUAUGCGUUUCUCAUCUUAGCUCCAACCGGCUCAGCGGCCUCCUUGGUUUCUGGAUCCACAUAUCAUUCGGACCAGGCGACCCCCUAG